GUGAUGCCCCCCAGCAUCAUGGUCGCCGGGAUCUACUGCGCGGUGGUGGCCGUCUUCUUCACGACGGUGAAAACAGUCAACUACCGUCUCCACACCAUGUUCGACCAGGGGGAGAUCGUGGAAAAAAAUUCGGCGCUGGUCGAAUCUGGCAAGGCCGACGAGAGAGCAGCUGCUGACGACGACAAUUUGACCAGGGACCCCGGAGGCGUCGAGAUGACCGUGUUCCGUAAAGUGAGCUCCACCCCGCCGGUGAGAUGCAGUUCGCAGCAUUCUGUCUUCGGCUUCAACCAAGUCAUGGAUCUGCUGCCCCACUUGGAAGAUGGAGGCCCUGUCCGAGAUAUCAAGGAGCUCGUCCGAGAACAGGGAAGCAACAACGUCAUCGUGACGGCCGCUGACCGAGACAUGCUCCAGUGCUGCUCCCCAGAGAGUCGCG